CGUUAGUUUUUAAAAACGAGGCAUUGGUUCUGGAAUUUCUUAGCUAAAAUUUGAAUUAUAAUUGCCAUUAUGUUUCGACUUCAUUGCAACAAGUGUUUUAGUCACAAAAAACACGUCCCAUCGCUGAACUUUUACAUUUCCAACUGCAAGCACAUCCUCUGCGAUGGAUGCAUGGCCGGGUCUUCCAAAGACAGGAAGUGCCCACUGUGUGAAGCCACAUUCAAGCCCAUUCCCAUAAGCCCAAACAUGCCCCAGAAAGUGGCCUACUACUUUGAGGAUCCCAAGCGUUUUUUGGAACUCUAUCGGAAGAUCAGCAAGUUUCAGGCCGAUCAACGUGACUCGGACGAUCGCGGAUUCCAGGUCAAGAUGCGAAAACACCUAGAGAUGAAGCGCAAACUGGACACUUACCUUAGGAUGGAGGAGCAGCUGCAGCAGCACAAGAAGCGCCAAGAGCGGCAAAACUACUAUGACGAUACUCCUAGCUCAGAGGACGGCGAGCGAGGAGUACCCAAGAAGAUGCGCCGUACGCAGCCUCAAACUCCUUCGACCAGCUCGUCGGAGGAGUUCCUCACGGUCGAAGACAAUGAGAGGUUCCUGCAGUAUUUCCAAGCAGCUUUAGCCGAGAAUGACAAGGAACCUGAAUCAUGGUCCAAGCAGCAGAGCACAUCCUUCAAUAAAGUUCUGGACUUUGAUUCUUAA